AUGGCUCGUUUUCAGGCGAGGAACGAUCAAAGGCCUGCUGCAGAUCACGUUGGCCAUGGAAACUUCAUGGAUCAUCUGAAGAACACUCUGAACUCCGGUGACAUGGACUUGCCAGGAGGAGCGCGAGCCCCUAAGGCACGCAAGCCAUACACGAUAUCCAAGCAGAGGGAGAAAUGGACCGAGGACGAGCACAAGCUCUUCUUGGAGGCCCUGCAGCAGCACGGCCGUGCCUGGCGCCGUAUACAAGAGCACAUAGGCAGCAAGACUGCCGUGCAAAUCAGGAGCCACGCGCAGAAGUUCUUCUCCAAGGUCAUCCGAGAAUCCUCUGGGGAUAGCAAUAGUGUAGCUGCUCCACCGCAAAUUCAGAUUCCGCCGCCACGGCCAAAGAGGAGGCCAACACACCCAUACCCGCGCAAGCUGGGUAAUUCAGUCGGCAAGGAUGCCUCUGCAAUCAAACAGCUUCAGAAGCCCCCGUUGCAGACACAGUCCCUGUCUGAGCAGGAGAAUUGCUCACCGAAAUCUGUGUUAUCCACAGCACAGAUUGACUCCGAGACCCUGCAAACUGAAGGUAGUGGAUCACCAGCUUCCUCGGUUUACAUGGAGGACAAAUGCCUCACACCAAGCACAUCAGUAGCACUUUCCAAGGAUGCAACCACUUCCAAUGAUGCGGCAUGUGAAAUACCUGAAGGUCCAAUUCUUAGGCUAUUUGGCAAGAGGGUUGUGGUUAAUAAUUUAGAUCAGCAGCCAAGCUCCAAUACUGGGAGCCUACAACAUGUGGCAGACAUGGAACUGGAUGCUUCAGAUGAGACACCAACUAGUGGAACUGGGAAGUUGUCUUCCCAAGUUACAGAAGAAGCAAAGACAUGGUGCCCAUGGCUGACCGGUACACAGCAGUUUAUGUACUAUCUUCCUCAAGGGGAGGUGUUCUCUAUGCACUCUGCUUGCCAAUUCCUCUACUACGGUAAUGGAAGCAUAUCUUACACAGUGUUGAACGCACAGACAGUUACCUCAAAUAAGCAGCAGAACCAACCAUCUCAAGCUGUAGACUGCAAGGUCACGAGGGCAGAAGGAUCAUGGACGGAGUCGAACACAACCUCCAGCAGUGUGGCUGAAACAACUAAGAAUUCAGAUUCUAUAGAAUGCACGAAAGUAAACAACGAUGAAGACAAAGUGAUACCUGUUCCAGGUUCAAGGAAAUGUGCGAGCACAGUUCCACCCUGCCUUCGAGGUUUUGUACCAUACAAGAGGUGCACAGCUCAAAGCAAGAUGCUGCAGUCAGAGGAAACUGGGGAGGAGGCAGAUAGAGACAUGACAAGGCUGUGCCUGUAA